AUGUUACAGACUACGAUUGAUAUUGUGAACAUCGAACAGCUGCGGCACGAUCUUGGUCACUUUGAACUUCUGCGAUCCGCCUGUCACAAGCAGGAAGGCUACGUACUUGUGCGCUGCUACCCGCUCCCCGAAAUCGACGCCCGUGCCAGCCAUGACUUUAUCGAGGUGUUCCCGGAGGGCCCCCAGGUCCGCAUCGGCUUCGAAAUCGAAGACACGGGGUGCGGAAUUCCGGCGGAGAAGCGCGACCUCGUCUUCCAAGAUUACUGCCAGGCGGAAGCGUCUACUACGCGCAACCACGGCGGAACCGGAUUGGGUUUGGGGAUCGUGAAAACUUUGGUCGAAAUGAUGGGCGGCCAGAUCGCGAUCGUCGACAAAAGCGGUCCAGGUACGCUGUUCCGCUUCCACCUGGAGUUCCGGCGCGAUUCCGCGCCGCCGAGCGAGCCCGUCACGCCGCGAACGCUCGCGCGCCGCGCGCGCCCGUCGUUCCUCCAGGAGCCACGCGCGUUCGCGCGCUUCCGCGUUGUGCUCGCGAGCGGCCGCGCGUUGUCGCGUUCGCUCGCCGCGGCCGCGCUGCGCCGGCAGGGCGCGGCCGUGGUCGAGGCGGCGUCUUGGGGGGAAGCCCUCGACGAGCUGCGUUCCGCAGCGGAACGGGCAGGGGGGCACACCGGAAACGGAACGGAGUCGCCGGAAUGGGCCGGGGGCGCUAGCAAACACGGACCGCCCUUGUACUGCGCGUUGCUCGCGCUGUCGCUUCUCCCAAAGGAGCUGAGCGUGGAACAACUAGAGACGGCGGCGAUACAAGUGCGCGAGGCGGUCGGAGGAGAGGAUCCUGCCAACAACGAAAUACUUGGACAGGGGGUUUCGUUUAAGGUGACGUAA